UAUUCACAGAUAUAAUACUAUACAAGUGAUUAUAACACUUUCGUGAAGUUGGCCCACCUGAGUACUGCUAUUUUUUUUAAAACCUAUGCCAUUAUUUUUCAAGGUACUUUCAAGUAUUUGCAAGUCUAUUUUUAGAAUUCGCAAGUCCAAACUUUUACCAUGAAACCAAGAAAUUUAAAAGGUCAAAUUCACGUAAUAAACGAUAGUUUUCAAUUUGUAAGUAUUUGCAAGACCCUACUUAAAAUGUGCAAGUCAUUCAGGUGGCCGCUAUGUAGUAGCCGCUUACUUUUAAGAGCGACACCCACCUUUUUUAUUAACUAAUAUAGAUUUUUUUUUCUUAAAAAUAUAAUUUUAUGAGUCGGAGGCCAGCUAUGAAAUAUAUCCAUAGCUGCCAAAGUAUAGAUUUACGAAUUUAUAAAGCAUGUUUCAAAUUAGUUUCAAAAUAUUGGCAUAGGUUUGUAGUAGAUCGGGUUAAGUCGGGAGUCAAUUAAAGUUUCAGAUCAAAACACCACGACAAAUGCAAAACUUCUAAAGUAUUAUCCAGAAACUAGAUCAUUUCACUGAUCUUGGUAUUGAGACAUUAUGGGUUGGUCCACUUUUCAAAUCACCUAUGGAUGAUAUGGGAUAUGAUGUAGAAGAUUUUUAUAUGAUAGAUCCUAUGUUUGGAACAAUGGGUGAUUUCAAAGAAUUAGUUUUUGAAAUGAACAACCGAAAUCUUAAACUGAUAAUUGACCUUAUACCAAACCAUUCAAGUUACAAAUGCGGGUGGUUUAACAAAUCAAUCAAACAAGAAGGAAAGUACAAAGAUUAUUACAUGUGGCGUAACGCUUCAAAUCAAGACGAACUCCUCAUUAACUCAUCAAUUACACCAAUACCACCAAAUAAUUGGUUGAGUAUGUUUGGGGGUUCCGCUUGGACAUGGAAUGAACAACGAAAUCAAUUUUAUCUUCAUCAAUUUAGUAAGGAGCAACCAGACUUUGACUUGAGAAAUCCUGAUGUUAACAAACAAAUUUUGAACGUAAUAGAAUUUUGGAUGGAUAAAGGAGUUUCUGGAUUCCGGUUCGAUGCUGUCGAUUUUUUAUACGAAAAUAUUUCAUUAUAUGAUGAACCAUUGAGGCCAGGAAUGAGCAAUUUAACUGAAUACAGUGAACCAGAUCAUAUAUACACUACAAAUCAACCAGAAGUUAUAAAUACUGUAUUAGAAUGGAAGGCGUUUAUGGAUAAUUAUACAAAAAGCAAGAACAUAACAAUUUCUAGUUUAAUGGCAUCAGAAGCUUAUGCAGACGUAAAUAUAUUAAUGCAAUAUUACGGAAACUCAACGAACCCUGGAGCUCAAAUACCAUUUAACUUAGCAUUGGUGAGGUGUCCAAAGGAUGAUCAUAUUGUUGAAUCUAUAGAUAACAUUAUCCAAAUUUGGUUGGCUGGUUUACCAGAAAAUGCAGUGGCCAACUGGGUGAUGGAAAAUCAUGACACUUCAAGAUUGUCGUCGAAAUUUGGUGCUGAAUCGGUACCAAUAUUUACUGCGUUAAAAUUAGCUCUUCCUGGUAUUGAAGUAACAUAUUAUGGUAGUGAAAUUGGUAUGGAGGACAACAUGUAUUUGAGACCGGAACAAAUAAAAGAUACUAAUAUUGCUGGUAUUGGUGAUCCAAAAUUGAGGAAACCUAGAGAUUACGAAAGGUGUCCCAUGCAAUGGGAUGAUUCGAGUAACGCAGGUUUCACUGAAGAGAAAAAGUCAUGGUUACCAGUAAAUCCAAAUUAUUACAAACUGAACGUCGAAACACAAAAAAAAAUACCAACCAGUAACUAUAAUUUUUAUAAAAAAAUGUCCCAACUUCGAAAAACUAAUACGUUGAAAAACGGUGAUCUUCAGACGUAUAAUAUUUCUAAAUCGAUUUACAUUUUAAAGAGGUCACUAUUAGAACAUGAAUCAUACAUUGUCGUGAUGAACUUUGGCAGUGAAACUGAAACAGUCAUUUUGUCUAAUAUAAUGAGUAAUCUCAAAGAUGAACUAUUCGUAUACUUAGGAAGUGAAAAUUCUGCGUACAGCCCCGGAAAUAAAGUAUCUACUAUUUCAACCGGGUAUCCAUUACAACUAUGACCACAGUCCGUUGUCGUAUUAACAGAUAAAUAUAUUGAGUCUGAAUCAUCAAGAAAUAAUGCUAGUGGAAGAACAGAAUUCAGUACGAAAUUAAUUAGUUUACUCUGUAUUUAUAUUUUUACAAGUUGGAUUUUAUAAAUUUAUUUUAGAUACAUAGUUUUUGAGUAAGAUUCAGUUAAUUGUAAUAGUUUAUUAUAUUUUUUAAAGAACUUUGUAUGUGUUGUAUUUUUUUCAUAAUGUUAAGGUAAUUUAUUUCCUAUUUUUAUUUUGUCUGUCAUCUCUUUUUAAAACAAUAUAUAUACUUUGAUCUCUAUAACUACUUUUUGGGUAGUAAAUUUGAUUUAGGUGGUUAAUAAGGAAGGAGUUUUACAGUAGGUAGCAUAAGUUCUUGACAUAUUUAUUGUUAUUUGGUUAUUCUAAAAUGAACGACUAUAAAGAUUAUAAAUUGUUUACCAAAUAUGUAUGUAACAAUUUUCUAGAUAUGGCAAACAUUUCAUUGUAUUAAUAUAUUUUGACUCUUUUUAUGAUUUUUGUAGACAAUUUUAAAUAU